AUGGAAGUGCAGGUUUCCAAAUUGGAAGCUUAGGAAAUUCUAAAAGCCUAUCUGAAGAAAGUAAGCCUAUAAAAUUUAUUAUUACCAUGGAAUAAAGAAUUAAGUGUGGGAUUCGGAACAAUAUUGACUAAGAAUGUAGCGAUUUCUGAUUUAAUAUUUAACGAAGAUCUAAUUUAAAUUGAUCUAAUAGAGGAAUCGAAAUCAAUGAAGGUGUUUAUUCGGUUGGAUUCCUUUGCACUCAGAUUGAACGCUGAUAUUACCACAAAAGUGUUGUUAAACUUUUCAACUUAGUUGGAUUUAGAAAUAUUCGGAUUAUAAAUAGAAGCAACUUUAUUGCUUCAAAAGAAUUAGAUUAUCGUAUAAAACGAAAAGUUUGAUAAAUUUUCUAUUAAAUAAAUCAAAAUUAAGGAAGGUGAAGGUGUGAUUUCCAAUUUAAUCAAAAAAGGUUUCAAUGAAUUAUUGAAUCUCUUUAACAAACUCAUUAAUGAUUUUUUUACAAAUAAAAUAGUUUAAUUCUUUAAAUAAGAUAAAUGGAGAAAUUUGCUGCCUUCAUACAUAUCUGAAGUGUAGUUUUAAGAGGUAAUAAAUUCGGAAAAUUUGAAAUUCACAUUUUCUGUUAACAAUUCAGAAGUAAUAGCUAAAAUUUCUUAACAUAAACCUAUCAAUGAUAUUUGA